UUUCACGCCUCAAAGUCAAGAUAAGCUGAAUUUUUAUAAGCAAUAGGUGAAGUCUGAUUGAAUUGUUAUAUGACCAACUAGAAAGCAUCCCUUUUGAUCGAAUUAUACUAUCGAGAUUAAGAUGAAGAACAAAACUUUUUUCUCUUUGUUAAUAUUUUUCGGCAUUCUUGCUUCAUUGUUUGAACAAAGUUUUCAGGACAAGACUGAUGUUGGCGUGAUCCUGGAUAUGGGAUCAUUGGAGGGGAAGAUGAUUGAAAGCUGCAUUUCCAUGGCAAUUUCUGAUUUCUACAGUCUUCAUAGUUACCACAAAACUAGAGUAGUUCUCGACACAAGGGAUUCCAAAGGACAACCUCUACUUGCUCUAGCUUCCGCUGUUGAUCUUUUGAAAUAUUCAAAAAUAAGAGCAAUUGCUGAAACAUCAAUGGAAGCCAAGUUUUUGGCUGAGCUAGGACAUAAAACUAAAGUCCCCUACAUUUCAUUUUCUGCUUCUGAUACUUAUCCAUCCUCAAACAGAUUUUCUUAUCUUGUUCAAAUCACACAAGAUGGAAGCUCUGAAGCUAUAGGCAUCACUGCUAUUGUUGAAUCAUUCAAAUGUAGAGUUGUCAUUAUUAUAUACGAGGACAGAGAUGAUUGGCAAGAUUUGAUCGCACAUUUAGUUGAGUCAUUGGUUGAGAAAAUCAUCCAUAUUACUUCCCUUGCUACCUUAUCUGGAGACAAUAAAAUCAUGGAGGAAAUGCAUAAGCUUAUUGCAUUGCAUCAAACCGCAUUUAUUGUGCAUAUGUCACCGUCACUUUCGCUUCGCUUUUUCAUGACUGCAAAGAAACUAGGAUUGAUUAGUAAAGGGUAUGCUUGGAUCAUGACUGCAAAUAGCAUGAGUUGUCUGCAUUUCACUAGAGAAUAUGACACCAGCUCAAUGCAAGGAGUGAUUGGUCUCAAGUCCUAUAUUCCACCUUCAAAGGACCUUAAAAGUUUUUCUUUGAGAUGGAGAAAGCAAUUUCUUCUUGAAACUAAUAUGGAAGUAAUGGAGUUAAAUACAAUUUGUGUAUGGGCAUAUGAUGUGGUUUGCGGUCUGGCAAUGGCAGCUGAGAGGGCGAAGCCUAAAAUAUCUUUGAUCCAAAAUCAAGAUAGCACAUUGAAUUGGAUGGAUUUAGAGGACAUUAACACUUCUAUAGCUGCACAUGGUUCAUUCAAGGGUUUGAGUGGAAGAUUUCAAUUUAUUAAUGGUAAACUACAUUCAAAUGCAUUUGAGAUAGUGAAUGUGAUAGGAAGACACCAGAGAAAACUAGGUUUUUGGGCUCCUGUUAGAGCAACUAGUAGAACAGUUUACUCAUAUAGGCAUGGUAGACAAUUAUCUUCCUCUAGUGAUCUUGAAGGCAUUAUUUGGCCCGGAGGGUCUGCUAAGAUUCCAAAAGAAUAUGCAGUGCGGAGUGAUCAAAAGUUUAGAAUUGGUGUUAUACCAAAUCCUGGAUUCCCUGAAUUGGUAAAUGUAGAUCAUGAUUUCGAAACUAAUGUGACAAGUAUAACAGGCUUCUGUAUAGACGUCUUCAGUUCUACCAUCGAAACCUUGCAUUACGAAGUUGAUUAUGAAUUUAUACCAUAUCCCAACUCUUGGAAAAGGAAUAAUGGGACUUUUAGAGAACUUGUUCACCAGAUGUAUGUCCAAGUAUGCUUGAUACAAAUUUCAAGAUGGCUGCCCCACUUUGAUCUUUUAAGUACCUGUGAAAUAAAUCUUAAAGGACUGCAAACUUUUUCAUAUGAAAAUUGUUUUUCUAAAUCUUACAUUUUAUUUAAGUCAACUUUUCUGAUUAUGGGUUAUAUUUUUUGCAUGUUUCAUUUCAAAAAUUAGGAUUUUGAUGCUGCAGUUGGAGACAUAACAAUCACCUUAAAAAGAUCUUUAUAUGUUGAUUUCACAUUACCUUAUACUGACAUGGGAGUUGGAAUCAUAGCCCCAAAAGACAGCAAAAACAUGUGGAUUUUCUUGAAGCCACUAACUACUGAGCUUUGGUUAUUUAGUGCUGGCUUUUUUAUCUUGACUGGCCUUGUAAUUUGGCUGAUUGAGCGUCGUAUUAACAAUGAAUUCCAAGGUCCUAUAUGUCAAGAAAUUAGAAUGAUAUUCUGGUUUUUGUUGUCAACACUUGUUUUCACUCAUAGGGAAAAGUUGUUAAGCAAUUUGUCAAAGUUUGUGGUGAUCGUGUGGUUGUCUGUUGUGCUUACAUUGACUACUAGUUAUACAAAUGUUAAUCUUCAGCCAUUUCGUUCACCUGAAGAGUAUGCAAAUGCUUUAUCAAGGAGAAGCAAGAAGGGUGGUGUUUCUGCUAUCAUUGAUGAGAUACCAUACAUCAAAAUCUUCCUUGCAAGGUACUCUGCAGACUAUUCAAUGAUCACAUACAUGUCGUCCACCAAUAGUUUUGGAUUUGUUUUUCGUAAAGGUUCUCCAUUAGUCUCUGACAUGUCAAAUGCAAUUCCCAAAAUAAGAGAAAAUGGAAGGCUUAUUAUGUUGGAGAAUUUAUGGUUUCAAAGUCUUCAGUCGACAUUUACAUCAGGGGACGCUUCAAACACUGUGAAACCUCUUACUCUUGAUAGCUUUCGUGGUCUAUUCCUAAUCACCGGCGUCUCUUCAGCUUUAGCUCUUAGCCUGCUGUAUGGUUUUGUGCUCUACAGAAAUUGGCAUGUUGUGGAAAACCUUUUGGCUGGCAUUGUUGCAAGACGAGUAUAGUAUGUCAAAAAGUACCUCUCUACUACUAUACUUUUCCAUAGGACUUGAACCGAAUGUUACAGCCAAUGUAAUAUAUUUUAGAAUGUGAUCAAAUGAAGAGAAAUAGAACCAAAUUUAAAUCAAACACAGCAUAUUCUAUCCAUAACAUCCAAAUUAAAUAUAUCACGCUCUAAUAUUUGCUGAAAACCCGAGUACAUUUAACUGGAUAUUAUCUGUAUUAGUCUUUUAAAAUACGUAUAUUUGAUUGAGGA